UCAACCAGUAUGCUGGCGUCUGCGUAGCCACAUGCAAUGUAAUUCAACUGUAAUAAUCAGUAUCUUAUAGGUAGUGAUGUAAGUUUACAAAAAAACUCUUCACUCGGCUCACGUGUUAUCUGAUGAAGAAGAAGAGGAAGAGGAAGACUGCAGCUCAUGGCUUUGAUUGUGUUCGCUUUUGUUUUGGUGUUCACCGGGAAAUGGGACAAGUCUGUCCUCGCAGAGGCUCAGUCUUGUGUGGAUGAGAGCAGGUUUAAGGAGCAGCUGCUCUAUGUGGGGCAGCAGAGGCCUCCGUAUCGGCUCAACUGCCCUCUGGAGCCCCAGAGCUCCGUACAGCCCCAGCUGACCUGGCAGAAGGACUGCCAGCCGCUCCCUACUCAGGGAGGGAAGGCCUACUUGGAGUUUGCCAGCCUCACCUUGCAAGAUCAAGGAAACUACACCUGUAUGCAACAGAGCAACAGCACCGCCUCAUUCACUGUGCGCCUCAUCGUUAAAGAGUCUCAGUGCUCCAAAACCCCAGAAUUUAAGCCGAAUGGGGUCUCGAGCGAACUCCGGAGGAACGUGGAAUGCACCGUGACACUGAACUGCACCGCUCUCCUCCAAUGGGACCAAACCGACGAGCACUGUGACGCCACGCUGCAGUGGAGUAAAGAUGGCCGACCCCUCGCCAAUCACACACAUUACACGCAGAACACCUCCUCAUGGUCUCCUGUUGCCGGCCAGCUGAUGGUCAACAGUCUGCUGGGGAUCAACCUCACGGAGCUGGAUGCGUUUGGGCUCUACAGCUGCUCAGUGAGGAACCUUUCCUCUGACUUCAGUCUGCCGGACUCAAACCCUUUUGUGUGCUCAGACGGCCCCAACCACACAUCUGCUAUUAUUGCAGCCGUCUUUCUCCUCCUCCUGUUGGCUGUAGCUGCUGUUGUGUACUCCAGGUGCCACUUGAACAUCAAACUCUGGUACAGGAACUCCUACGGAGCCUAUGAAGUCAACGAUGGCAAAUUAUACGAUGCCUAUAUCUCUUAUGUGAACAAUGAUCAUGACAGGAAGUUUGUCACCUUUAUUCUCAAACCUCACCUGGAGAAUAAAAUUGCUCUCAAGGUGCACCUCAAUGACAACGAUAUUCUACCUGGCUCAGAACCUUCUGCUGAGCUGCUCGUGAACAUUAGUCGCUCUCGGCGUUUGAUCGUGUUGCUGUCUCACGCUUACCUGGAGCAGGACUGGUGCUCCAAUAACUUCAGACAGGGCCUCCUGCACCUGCUGGAGUUGUGUCCGCGGCCCGUCCUCAUCAUGCUGGAGGGUCAGUCCAAACGCAUGAGGCCUGAGAUCAAGCAGCUGCUCACUGAGCACCAGCACUGCCUCACCAUACUCACCUGGAGGCACAACUCUGUGACUCCUCUCUCCGUCUUCUGGAAGGAGCUGGCCUUAGCGAUGCCUCACAGGGUCGUCUUCCGCAGUGCGUCUGCGGGCGACCCUCAGACUGUGCUCCAAGAGGACAAGGACCCCAUGCUGACCCUCGACUCUGACUUCCUUGACUGCCGCUCAGACACAGACCUUGCUGGAGAUCUGGGGCUGCGCCUCCCUGUGUACAAGGCUCUGGCCUUCAAGGCUCCCGUCCUCCCUGCUGCUCCCAUCACUGCCGCUGAGCCCAAAUCCUCCGACAUCGACGUGUCGGACCUGGGAUCACGCAACUAUGGAGCCCGCUCUGACUUUUACUGCCUGGUCACUAAGGAGGACAUGUGAUCCACACUGCUACUGAUUUAUACACCGACAGGAGCUCUUUAUUAGCAUUGCUUUAUAGUUUUCGAGGAAAUGUGUUUUUUUUGUACAGUCGUUGUUGAAAUCAAAGCGUUUCCUUUUUCUGUUUCCACUUACCAAAGACUGAUUAUUUAUUGUUUUUGUGUAUUUUCUACUUAGAAUUAUUUUGGUCUGAAAUUCUUUUUAAUCGAGGAAAGAAGUCACGUUUAAAUUGUCAUUUCUCGAAUAAAUUGCCCAGCAGAGGGCGGAGUGAAGUCAGAUAAGAUGAAGGAAUUCUGCUUCUUAAGCAGAUUUCUACAAUUUUACAAUUAAAAGUACACAAUAGGUUAAGGACAAUAAGUGUCCUGGAAACAUGGUCAGAUUUGAACCCAAAAUACCAGUAUCUGUCUGCACACCCAUCAGCUGAAGUAGGGCGACGCAUCGUUCAGGAUAUUUCUGCUCGAGGAGUUUUCUGUGUGUGAUGUACACAGGCUGAUAACACAGCAGUCUUGCUAAUAAAGCAGUUUGACCACA